UAUACUAGCACGGGCUCCGUACUACAACUACUACUAGAGAUCAUGUUCUAGAUGUUCUAGUCCUUACUUUACCUCCCAUCAGACAGGAAGUAGUCAAUUAGACACGAGUAUUGUCCUUGGUUAUUUCUAAGAGAUUUAAGUAGAUACUACAACUACAUUCUUUCUUCAAAGAAGAACUUCUACUGAUUCAUUUGCUGUUACUGUUCUUACUGUUUCAACACACCACCAAAACCACAAAAAUGAAGGGACCAAGCAGUCUUUCCAUCCUUAUCGGAUGCAACGUCAAGGGUAGCAACAAAGAAAGCACGAAGUUCCACCUCAACGGCGAAGCUGUCGAUGCUGCUUUCACUCAAUGCACUCUGACCAAUGGCAAGAACGCUAAACUUCUUGUCCGCAGCAGAGUCGCGACGAAAAUGAUGCAGAACAAGACGUCAACAGCAAGUUCGGCCAAAAAGCCGCAGCAAGAAUGGUUCGCAGUGUGCUGUUUGGACAAGGAGAAACCCUCUCAGACAAUGGAACUCUUCGGCCAUUCCGAGGAUUUGGAGUUCAAAGUCGAAGGCGACGGCGAAGUUGACUUGAUCGGUUUCACCGAGAUCGAACAUGAAGACUCCGAAGAAGAGGAAGAAGAGCAAGUUGAUGUACUACAACUUUGAAGAUUAUUCGGAGCUUUCCUUGGAUAAGUUGCAUAUGCCACAUGGACGUUGGACUUAGAGGACCACAUAGACACAAUCACACCAUCGAAUUGACGUUUGAGAAGAACAUCAACAUCUCGUAGUCGUAGUUGUCGCAGCCUGAAGAACUACGUUCAAAAUACAAAAAUGAAGAAAGACUUGCAAAUGAUUUCAAACAAUGUCAAUUUCUCUUUCUCCUAUAUCCUUUUCUCAGGCCAAGCGUCGCAAAAUCGAGGAUGCGUCCCCGAGCGCUAGCUCAGAAACAAAGGAUGCUAAGAAAACCGAAGAGGAAAGCGACGAGGAAGAAGAAGUUAAGGAAUCUAUCUACAAACCUGUCGUGAUCUGAGCCAUGUUGAACUUGAAGUAACUGUAACUAAAUGAUUAUGAUUUAGAUUUCCUGCUCGUGCUCUUGCUGAGUAUUCAUGAUCGUGCUAGUAUCGACACACUUUUUUCUCUAAGAAAACCAGCGACGAGGAAGAAGAAGCCUCCAGCGAGGAAGCUUCUGAUGCUCCGAUCGAGCAGAAAACUCUGAAGCCUGCCGUCGAAAAGAAGGAAGAGGAAAAGAAGUCUACUUCCCCAGUUGCGGAACACGCCAAAGACGAGAUGGAAGUCGACGAAGAGGAUAGCGAGGAAGAAGAGUCAUCGGAUGAAGAAGACGAGGCACCAACCUCAGCACAAGAAGCUGCAGUGAAAAAGGUACAACGACUGGCAGUAGAAUUUAUUAGAUGAAGAUGGAGCAGCUAUAAUCAUUGGUAACUAAGUAGUCUAUGUCAGUCUCCAAUAUCACUCUCUUAAUAUCGUGAUAGUUGUACUAGCUUAUAUAAGUAUUCUAUGUCCUCUAAUAUUUGGGCUCGAUGGCUAAGCCUAUCUCUAUGGCUAGGGUGAGGCAAUCAAACACAAGCACAACUGCGUCGAUUUUCAUUUACUACAUUUUCAGGUCUUAGAAGAGGCUCAGAAGCAGCGUGAAGAUGAGGAUUCCGAAGAAGAAGAAGCUUCCGACGAAGAAGAAGCUUCGGAUGAGGAAGAUGUUGAAGAGAAGCCAGCCACAUCCACCACCAAGGCCGAACAAGUUGAGAAGAAGGCAGAAUCCAAGAAGGCAGACUCUGACGCUGAAAUGGACGAAAGUGCCGAAAUGGAUAGCGAAGAGGAGGAAGAAGAAGCUUCAGAUAGCGAUGCUGAAAUGUUAUGGGGCAAAUAUCGAGCAAAGUUGCACUAUCUAUCUGUGAGUUGUACAAGUAGAGGUACACAGAAGUUCGUAUAUUGGAGAGAGUGAGUAUAUUGGAGAGAGUGAAUGUGAAAGAUAGUGGUCAAAUCAUGUUGUUGAAGAACAAGGAGACCGUCGUGAAUGUUGAUCGUGUUUCUGUACCUGUUUCAGGCUCCUCAACAUCGAUCAUCUCUGAGAAGUUUUAAACCACAGAAUACGCUCUAAUAAGGGAAGUCGCAGACAAGAAGGAAUCCGCGAAGGAAGCCGCCAGCAGUGCAGCAACGACGCCGGCUCGCGCGGAGGAGUCUGACGCCGAUGAUAGUGAGGAAGAGGAAUCUGAUGGCGAGGCAUCUGUCGAGGGCGACUCUGCUGCUGAAGAACAAGAGUCUGCAGAAGAUAGUGACGACGAUGCUAAGGUCAAACAAGGUAAGGGUAAAAAGGGUGAUGGCAAGAAAGGUAGCGGCAAGAAGGGUGAUGGCAAGAAAGGCGGAAAGAAGGGCGACGGAAAAAAGGGCGGAAAGAAGGGCGACGGAAAAAAGGGCGGAAAGAAGGGCGAUGGAAAAAAGGGAGGCAAGGGUAAGGGUAAGGGAAAAGGUAAGGGAAAGGGAAAGAAGUAAGCUCUGAAGCUGCAUGCCUAGAUUUUUAAUAGGAGAACAACUUCUACAAUGAAGAGGUUAGGGUUGACUAAUGGCUUCGAGGAUUCCAUUUCAACUUUUUUUUCUAUAGCCCUCAUGAGAACAAGAACAUGAAAAUGUUGAAGACCCGGCCCAUUCACCACCAGAACUCUACAUUUAGUAGUCAAAAGGACCCUGAUACUGAGAACUCAUACGCCAGAAACGCACGCGCCGUCAUGAAUAAGUAAAUGCAACAGAUAGAACUAGAAGUGUGCUGCUACAUGACAUCAUCUUCAUCUCAAAAAUUUACAGAAAUCUUAGGAAAACGAAAAACAGGAACUAAUAGAUGGUCAUGUAUGAAGACGAGACGACAAAGAGCAGCCUACGCCACAGGCUCAGGCCGUAGAACGAGCACAAAGGGCUAUUAAUGAUCAAAGAGGCGGAGAAGGACGCCCGCGCAGCUCUUUUUGAUGAGAAAAAUGCAACUAAAAGGAACGUCAAAAUAAUAUCGAACCUCUGAAUGAGGCAAAUGCAUCUGAUACAACCAAAUUCAAUACUUCUAGGAUUCUCAAAUGCUGAUCCUUCUCUAUGCAGGAC